AUGGUUAAACCCCCUAUCGUGGCCAUGGUUAAACCCCCUAUCGUGGCCAUGGUUAAACCCCCUAUCGUGGCCAUGGUUAAACCCCCUAUCGUGGCCAUGGUUAAACCCCCUAUCGUGGCCAUGGUUAAACCCCCUAUCGUGGCCAUUGUCCCUGUUAAAUCACCUAUCGUGGCCUUGGUUAAACCCACUAUCGUGGCCAUGGUUAAACCCCCUAUCGUGGCCAUGGUUAAACCCCCUAUCGUGGCAAUGGUUAAACCCCCUAUCGUGGCCAUGGUUAAACCCCCUAUCGUGGCCAUGGUUAAACCCCCUAUCAUGGCCAUGGUCCCUGUUAAACCACCUAUCGUGGCCAUGGUUAAACCCACUAUCGUGGCCAUGGUUAAACCCCCUAUCGUGGCCAUGGUUAAACCCCCUAUCGUGGCCAUGGUUAAACCCCCUAUCGUGGCCAUGGUUAAACCCCCUAUCGUGGCCAUGGUUAAACCCCCUAUCGUGGCCAUUGUUAAACCCACUAUCGUGGCCAUUGUUAAACCCACUAAAGGUCCCUGUUAA